UUUCACCCGCUUAGAAGCGUGCGUAAUCAUGAAACGGCGGGCGCGUUCGGUUAGCGAGCGGAGCGGAGCGCGGCGGGGCGACAGGAAGACGCGCCGUGAGAACAGCACAGCGCUUUUCGUAUCGAAGAAUUGAAACACAUCUGAGAUCAUGCAGCCACACCGGCCAUAUGUCACUCUCUGAGCCUCGGUCAGAAUAAUACCGGAGAUUACAUUACGCUCUUUCGGGAGACUAUCUUAUUGUGUAUCUCCAAGUGAUGCAUCCGUGCCUUAAGCGAUCAAAAGGUUUUUUUUUUUGACUGAGUAGGCUCACGGAUCGCCCGUCUUCUGUCACGCGUACACCGAAACGGAUUUGCGGAGGUGUAAAUUAAGCCUGGAGUAAUCGCAGCUCCCCAGUGAGAAAUCAACAGAAGGGCCGUGAAGAUCAGCCCUAAUGGAAGAGACGGAAACAGAGCUGACCUGCUUCGAGCAGGACGCUUUAGGAGCAGACUUCAUCACGGUGGAGCUCGACACCCAGCCCAUCGAAUAUGUGGUCAAGUGGGCCGAGGUGGGCUCCAAGUUCACUAUAGCCUGCGUGAAGAAGGAUCUGGACGAGGCGGCCUGCUUCACCUCGGACCAGAUGGUCAAAGUGGAACCGGACGAGACGUUCUUCGUCCCUUACGAAGCGGUGUACCCGGAAUGCGACGAGGCGGAUCCCGAUUUGAUCGCGACGCACGAGGAGGAGGUGGGCAGCGAGUCGGACUUCAACGACGACGCGGAAGCGGGGGACGGCCAGCCGUGCGAAGAAGAGGACGUUACCGACGCGUGCUGGGAGACGGAGGUGUCUCGCGCCAGAACGUACGACUGCCACGUCUGCGGCAAGAGCUACAGCCAUUCCUCCAGCCUCGCUCGGCACCUGCACGUGCACUCGGAGAAGUCGGACUUCCCCCCGUCGGAAGACGUCGGCAAGCUGUGCGACAGCAAAAACUCGUUCCAGUGCAAUCUGUGCGGGGUGAAGUGCAACGGCAAGCGGCUGUUGGCGGUGCACAAGAAGUGCCACAAAACCAAGAGACUGCACACGUGCAGCACGUGCGGGAAAUCGUUCAAUCACAGCUCCAGCCUGUCGCGGCAUCGCUUGAUCCACAAAAAAGGCUUGGAUAAGAGCGUCGGGCCGCUGUACCCGGCCCCGGCUCCCAUCGUAACCCAGCACGGCGUCCCGGCGGGGAAGAGGGCGCUCGAGAAGCAGUACCAGUGCGCGCAGUGCGACCGGGUCUUCAGCCACUCGGCGGGACUCUCCAAGCACCAGGUGGCUCACGUCAGGCAGCUGCUCAACUCGUACACCCACGGCAAGGACUCCCUCGACAAGCCCUCGGACCUCAAGAUCCGCUUGAAGCUCUGCUCCCGCGACAAGCCCAACUACUACACCCUGUGCAAGAAGAACAAGCGCGGGAAAGGAGGCAAGAAGAGGCCGUACCCGGCCGACAAGGAGACGCCGCACCCCUGCCGGGUUUGCAACAAGCGCUUCGGUCCCAGCGCGGGCCUCUCGCGGCACGCUCACACCGGAGACAACCGCUACGCCUGCGGCAUCUGCAAGAAGACCUUUGUCCGGCUUUCCAACCUCAAGCAGCACCAGCAGACCCACGCCUCGGGGAAACUCUACCAGUGCCCACAGUGCGGGAAAACCUUCGUUCACUCCUCGAGCUUCUCGCGCCACAAGAAGGUCCACGCGGCCAUGAGCCUGUCUCCCAAACUGGAAGACGCCCGCUGCGAAGAGGAGCUGGUCAUCGACGAGGUGGCCCCGCUGGAAUACGAGUCCGAGUGAGAAAGACGAUGCGCGAUGGGGGGAAGAAAAUGUCGCCGUUUGGUUUUGUUCACCCCUCGUUGUUAUUUCGUGAUUACUGGCACUGGCUGUGUUCGUUAUUAUAAACCUUUUCAGACACUUUUAGGGGAUGCGGUAGGCACCGGAUGCUUUUCUUUUGUUGUUUGUUUGUUUGUUUGUUCGGUUGACAUUCCCUUUUGUCUUUCGUUCGUUCGGUUUAUUUGCGAGACAAAUCGUGUCGUUUAUGUCCCUUCAAUGUUAGGCAUCCACAAGAAAAUCUAAAGAGACGAGCAGAUGGGAUCGGCGACGCAGGUGUUAUUUAUUUUAUGUUUCACCGCAAAAAAUGAUUUUCCGGGCUAGAGUUUUUGUCGUUUUUAGCCCAAGUUCUCAAAUCGAGAGAGAUUUUCUAGACAACUAAAAAUAAGUCAAAAUUACGUUUUCGGGGUAAGAUAAAUAAUCUUAUUUCAAACAGAAGACAAGAUUAUUUUGCUUAUAUCCCAUUGGCUGAUUAUUAUGCUUAAAAACCCACUUCAUUUUAGCUUGUUUUUUUUUGCCUCUUGAUUUGAGAGUUUCUAGAUAUUUCGGCUGGAAACGAGACAAACGUUUUUGGCUAGAAAAACAUUUUCUGCAGUGUUGUCAUGCUUGCACUGAAUCCGCGAACCCAAAAUUAAGUACCUAUUGGAGUAAGGAAGAGGUAAUAUUAAAUUCAAGUUUACUAGGAGUUUUGUACGCAAGAGCUGCUUAGACUUGCUUACAAUCUCCUGCCGUUCUGUUUAGUAACCUAAUUUCUUCGACCAACAAGUUCAAGGCUGGAGACAGAAAAACAGGUUUUGCUGUGUGGUUUCAUGGGAUAUAUAUAAAAACACACAACAAAAGCGUAUACAGUAUAAACCGCUGGUCGAGUGCAAACGGAGAAGCUGCGUUCCGGGUGUAUUUUGGGGUGUUUCGAUUUGUUCUAGUUUCCUCAACAUGUCUUUUGGUACUUAUUUCCUCUUUGAUGUUCUUUUGUCAAAAUAUGAAAUCCAUUGUGUCCAUGGAGGGUAUUUAUGAAAAAAAGAAAAAGAAAGAAAAAAGAUGCUUAUCGGACACGGACAUGUAUAGCUGCACUUAUAAUAUUGUUGAUAGGAGUUGUGUGUGUGUGUGUGUGUGUGUGUGUGUGAAUGAAUACGAGAAAAGAAUAUACCCGCAAAACGUGUGCUUUUUACUCCUGCUGUAUAUGUGUAAAAAGUUGCGGUUGCAAAAAGAAGUUCUAUCCGAUUUAUUUUUCUGUAUCUGCAUAAGUUAAGGAAUAGCCAAGGGAUUUCAUAUUUUAACAAGCAUUGCACUAUUUAUAGACGGAAGCACUACACAGUUAGGAAAUUGGAACGAGGCUUUGGUUCUCCCGGUCAAAACGUCAGAAAAACGAGACACGGACAAAUAUCUUCCACGCAUUUCGAAAAAAAAAAAUUGAUAAGUGCCCUCAGCUACUUUGUGUAAGACCAAAGCUCUUGGGUGCAGUCGAGCUCUUCAGAGGUGUUCGAUGUUAGUACGCGUCUGGACUUCUUUGCUCACCAUUUGCUAUCUGAAUGGAAAUUGAAUAGCGAUUAUUAACCUAUUUAUGGCGUUUGGAACGAGACGUUGAGGUGUGUUUGGGCGCUCGUGUGAAGCACAGGAGACGCUGUUGCACCCAAAGUGAUGUUAUUAAAAAAAAAGUUUUUUUGAGUUCCUGGUUGUUUUUAACGCAUAAGUCGUAUCCCCCAGUCUUACUGCCAUUUUUUAAAAGAUUCUUUCCAAUAACGAUAUAAGGUUUAUCGCUCUCCUGUCCACACUUCUCAUGUUUUGGUUUAAAUCUGUCAUUUUUAUUUUCAAAUGCUGUAGCUGUUUCAUCUCUCAAUGCAGCAGACCUACAUCUUACACAGAGAUGUACGUUUUUGUAUUGUGUUUGCCAUUAGAUAACAGUUUGAGAGUUCUGUCUUGCAUUUUUUUUGUAAUAAAUAAAUUGGUUCACGAA